AUACUCAUGCAUGGGAGUGGGAUAGGUAGCAAUAACCCUUGCCUAGCACAAAGGACAGACAAUAUGAAAGUUGUAUAGGAGAAAAUAUACACUGACUACUAUACCCACGGGACUGGGAUACGUAGCAAUGAGGUAACCCGAGGUAAUAGCCACAAGACAGCCUAUAUAAAAGCAAUAUCAAAAUCAUCAAAAUCAUCAAAAUUAUUGGAAUCAAAGAAGACAAAAAUGAAGUUUGCUGUCUCUCUCCUGCUGUCACUCUGUGUAAGUGGGGCUCUGUCCGCUGGUCCCUUCACUGCCACCAUCACCAACAAGCCAGUCUUCAAGCUGGGAGAUGAGGUCAUUGUAGAGGUGACCCUCACUAACAACCAUCCAGUAGAUUACUUCAUCCUCAAAAGAUUCACACCACUCGAGGGACUAAGGGCUAACAUCUUCACCGUGACAACAAACAAAGGCUCUGUACUACCAUACGAUGGACUAAUGUUCAGAAGGGGACCUACACAGAAAGAUGAAUAUAAUAAAAUCCGUGCAAAUUCUUCCAUCUCAUUGACUGCAACUCUAUCCAAUGCCUACGGCUUCUACGAGGCUGGCACCUAUCUUGUCAAGCUGAGCACAACUCUUACAUUUGCUAGCUCUCUGGAUGUGGGCCCAGUAACACAGCUGCUUGUAUCCAACACCAAUCGUCUCAUGCUAACUGUCGGUGACAAGCAGCCACAUCUAACAAUCGGGGAGACCAAUCGUAGGAAAGAUGUGAAACAGAAAGUAGUCGAUUUUUCAGUAUUUAAUACAAAGGCAAUGAAAAACCCAAAAUUUGGAGGUACUUGGACCGAUGUAAUGAAGAAAGAUGCUACAAACGUGUACACCAAGGCCUUCCAGGUAAUGUUGAAUGCCACCGAUUUGGCAGUGUUCAAUACAAAUAGAUAUACUACUUGGUUUGGUACGAUUAAUUACUCAGGUUAUGUUAAAUCUGUGCUUCAAGAUUGUACAAACGAUAUGCAAGUGUACUCUUUCACUCUUUACAAUGGCUUGAGUGUCCAAAGCGCAUGUGGUCCUUACGACUAUGCAUACAGAUUUGACGGAACACUCUAUAUUGUACUUUGUAAGGUCUACUAUACAUCAGGUUUUGAGGACAAAUAUGAGACAAUCGUACACGAAAUGACACAUGCAUCAGCCAGGACCGAAGACUAUGAAUAUGGUAGGACGGGUUGCAAGAAAUUGGCCAUCGAUAAUCCAGCAAAGGCUGUUAACAAUGCUGACAACUAUGCAUACUUUACUGACAAUCUGUGAACACAGUGAUAAUUAUAAAAAUCCCUUGAUUGUCAAUUAUAAUUAGUAGAUGUAGUGUGGGAGUCUACACGAACUGAAUUUAGCUAUUAACUAUAUAUAGAGUGUAUGCUGGGGUGUGCAGUGUAUUAAUAUACAC